AUGAAGUUCCCCUGGGCGGCCGGGCUCGCCGGGGCUCUCUUGUUCUCCGCCGCAUCUGCUGAGAAGCUGUUCCAGGCCUCGUCUCUGACCCCAUGUUCCAACGAUGGGAAAAUCUCUGUCGACCAUUUUAGCGUCGUCUUCACACCAGGAAACUCUUCAGCAAGUAUUGCCUUCAAUGGUAAAAUCGAUUAUACCGGCAAAUUCAAGAUCGACUUGUCGCUUUUGGUGUAUGGAUACACUGCGAUCAAUACAACCAUCGACCCAUGUACCCUCUCAAGUAACGGCUUGGGCAUGUGCCCUAUCUCAGAGGAACAAUUGACCAUCCCAUCUGCCUCGUUGACUGUCGAUUCAUCUGUACUAGGCGAUAUUCCAAGUAUCGCCUACACCGUUCCCGAUCUCGAUGCAAUCGUGCGUCUCCAAUUAAAGACUUAUACCACCCACGAAGACAUUAGUUGUAUCGAAACGCGCGUUCUUAAUGGCACAACGGUCGAUCAACCGGCGGUCGCAUGGAUUGUCGCCAUCAUCACGGGGCUGGGCCUCAUCACCACAGUGGUGAUUUCGAUUUUGGGACAUACCGUGAUCGCCACCCACCUCAAUUUCCGGACAAUGCUGUUCCUGGGUUUCAUGCAGACUCAGGCCAUUGCGGGCAACGCCGCAGUCAAUUUCCCUCCAAUCGUACAAGCGUGGACUCAAACCUUCCAAUGGACCAUGGGUAUCCUUCACACCACCGCUCUGCAGAGCAUCGCGACAUGGUUCCAGCGUGCGACGGGUGGAACUCCCGCCGAUCUACUGACGAUGACCGACAAUGAAUCGGUUUACCUCGCGAAGCGCUCGACCACCACCACGACCGGAGGAACCGAACAAACUGUGAGGGGCAUCGAGCGAGUCGGUUUCCGGGCGGACAUCGAAUCAUCCAACAUUUUCAUGACGGGAUAUCUCUUCUUUUACUUUGUCGCGAUUCUCAUCAUUCUAUCCAUCUUGUUCUUGCGACUCGUUUUGCCCGCUCUGGCCCGGAAGAUCAACAACAACAAGCUGGCAAUGGCUGCCAAUGCAACAUCGGAGUGGCAGACGUUCAUGCGAGGCAGUCUCUACCGAGUCGUGUCGCUCGGAUACCCGCAGAUGUGUGUUAUUUGCAUGUGGGAACUGAUUCAGCGAGACUCGGCCGCGGAGAUUAUUCUGGCAAUUAGCAUGUGGCUGGUCAUGAGCAUCGUCUUGCUGUAUGCCGGAUUCCGAGUCUUCCAGCGAGCGAAAGCUUCCAAGGCUUUGAAUGAGCACCCGGCUUAUACGCUCUAUUCCGACCCCGUUACUCUGACCAAGUGGGGCUUCUUGUAUAUCAACUACCGUGCCCAAGCGUACUACUUCAUCAUCCCGGUCUUGACCGCGACUGUCGUUCGCGGCAUGGUUACGGCCUUCGCCCAGUCCGCGUGGGUCGCCCAGUCCAUUGUGCUGUUGAUUCUGGAAGCCGCCAUGAUGGUUGUGACCAUUGUCAUCAAGCCGUACAUGGACCGGGCUGCCAACGGAUUCGCCAUCACCGCAACCGUGCUCAACUUCCUGAACGCGGUCUUCAUGCUCGUCUUCUCCAAUGUUUUCAAUCAACCAGAAAUGAUGACUAGCAUUCUCGGAGUUUUGUGGUUUGUCUUUAACGCCGUUUUCACCCUGGCACUCCUGAUUUGGUUGCUCAUCGGAUUCUACUACGCCUUUACCCUCAAGGAGCCAGAGGGCAAGUACAAGCGCCUUUCCGACAACCGUGAAUCCUUCCGGAUGUCCGGUAUGGAAAACCGGAUGACGACCGAGCUUCUCCCGUUGGAGAAGACUGCCCGAGGCGACGACAGCUCUAGCAGACUUGGAUCUCGCUGGAAUAUCGACGAAACGGGACACGCCGAAUCCAACCAUGAGCUUAACAUGUCUCUGGGCCACCAAGGAUCUCGGUAUAAUAUCGAUGACCGAUCACCAACUCAAACAAACGAAAAGCUGGGCGGGCCUCCCCGAUCGCCCGUCCACGACGUUUUAGAGCCUACUCUUCCUUUGAUCCCCGUGAGUUCCGAUAACUCUGGAAGGAGAUCGCCAAUGUCCCCGGCCUACAACCAUCCUCCAAGACGGUAA